AUGCUCGUUCAGCUCAGGGCUUCGACUGCUCGCUCGGCCGCCUCGGCCAUCACCCGCGUUGCCAGAGUCAACGCCGUCAGAGGCUUCAUCGCGCCGACCGUCUCGCGCCGAGCCGACUUUGUCCAGGAGCUGUACCUGAAGGAGCUCAAGGCCUACAAGCCCACUCCCGUCAAGGACUCGGAUUCCGUCGGUCAGGUGCAGACCUUCUCCGUCCCCAAAACCCCCAAGUCCCCCGAGGAGGCCGACCUCGCCAGCAGCCUGAAGGAGUACGAGUCCAUGGCCGUCGAGGUUGAGGGCCAGGAGGCUGUUGCCCCCGGCACUGCCGCCCCCGUCGUCGAGGACUGGUUGGUCGAGGAGGAGGACGAUGAGCCUGCCCACCACUAA